ACCUUAAUUCUUCCUUGCUGAACAACCAUGAGCCCCCAAAUUCGCCAGAAUUAUUCCACAGAGGUGGAAGCUGCAGUCAACCCCCUGGCCAACCUGCAUCUGUGGGCUUCCUACACCUACCUCUCUCUGGGCUUCUAUUUUGACUGGGACUAUGUGUCUCUGCAGGGCAUGGGCCACUUCUUCCGAAAAUUGACUGAAGAGAAGCAUGAGGGCUCUGGGCAUCACUUAAAGCUGAAAAACCAGAGGGGUGGCUACAUUCUUCUCCAGGACAUGGUGAAGCCUUCCCAAGAUGAGUGGGGUGAAACUCAGGACUCCAUGGAAGCCACCCUGGCCUUGGAGGAGACCCUGAACCAGUCCGUUUUGGAUCUGCAUGCCUUGGGUUCUACCUGCACAGACCCUCAUCUCUGUGACUUUCUGAACAACCAUUUCCUGGAUGAGGAGGUGAAACUCAUCAAGAAGAUGGGAAACCACCACACUAACAUCCCCAGUCUGGCAGGCCCCCAGGAUGGGAUGAGCAAGUAUCUCUUCAAAAUUCUUACCCUUAAGCAUAACUAG